CUAAAACCCUCGCACUAGCUACUUGUUCGUUUUCUUCUCCCUCUCUCUGCUUCCGCUAGGGUUUCUGAGAAGUGGUUGUCACUGUCUUAGUUUAUCAAUCGAAGAGAGUACUGUUACGAAAUAUAGUAAAGAAACAUGAGUAGAGAAAGAGAGACUCGGAAACCACAACAGGUUUCGUAUACUGUUGAGCAGCUGAUUGCUGUCAAUCCGUACAACCCCGACAUCCUUCCAGAUCUCGAAAACUACGUCAACGAGCAGGUUUCAUCACAAACAUACAGUCUGGAUGCAAAUCUUUGCCUUCUUCGCCUUUAUCAGUUUGAGCCAGAACGGAUGAGUACUCAAAUUGUUGCUCGCAUCUUGGUUAAGGCGCUCAUGGCUAUGCCAGCUCCGGAUUUCAGCCUCUGUCUCUUUCUAAUUCCAGAACGAGUGCAAAUGGAAGAGCAGUUUAAGACACUUAUUGUUCUCUCUCACUACCUGGAGACAGGAAGGCUCCGUCAGUUUUGGGAUGAAGCAGCUAAGAGUCGCCAUAUAGUUGAAUCUGUGCCAGGUUUUGAGCAAGCAAUCCAAUCCUAUGCAAUUCAUGUUCUUUCCUUGACCUAUCAAAAGGUUCCCAGGCCUGUGCUUGCUGAGGCUAUCAAUAUCGAAGGUCUAUCCCUUGACAAAUUCCUAGAGCAUCAGGAGGCCAAUUGUGGCUGGAUUCUUGAGAAGGGUCAUGGGAGGGGCCAACUUAUCAUCUUGCCUCACAGUGAAUUUAACCAUCCUGAGCUUAAGAAAAACACUGCUGAUAACAUCCCAUUGGAGCACAUUACUCGCAUCUUUCCCAUUCUUGGCUGAGUUUCAGUAGAGUCCAAGAAUUUUUAAUUUUGAUUUAAGCAGAUGCGCUUUGUCAUUCUAAGAUUUGUUGAAGUUCCACCAUAGCAUUAUGGCAAGGUGACUGCUUAAUUUUGCACUCCUUUGUUUUGCUAUUACGUUGAAAACGAAGGCGAAGUUAUUCUAUUUCUCAUCGAAGAAUAUAAUAUUUAGUUCUCUGUUUUUGUUGUC